GCAGAAGUGCGGAUGUCAGUUGCAUAUUGCAUAUAGAUACGGAACAGGCCACCAGUUUUUUUUUCUUCUUAAAAGCAUGCUCAGGCAAUGAUCAUUUCGUGGAACUAUGAAUCCAGAGGAGCAGACUGUAACGUGGUUAAUAUCACUGGGAGUGCUCAGCUCGCCUAAAAAGAAUAUAGCGGACCCGGAGGAGUUUCUGAAAACAUCGCUGAAGGAUGGGGUUGUCCUGUGCAAGCUCGCAGAGCGGCUCAUACCUGGCUUCACUGCCAAGUAUUGUCAGGACCCAAGAACUGAAGCCGAGUGCAUUUCCAACAUCAGGGAGUUUUUAAGAGGAUGCUCGUCCUUGAAAGUGGAGGGGUUUGAACCAGAGUGGUUAUAUACUGGUGAGAAUUUUAGUAAAGUACUGACCUCUUUGCUGGCCGUCAACUUUGCCACACAAGAAUGUGUUGCUGAAAGGUCAUGUUCACAGUCCGGUGCCACCUCCCCUAGCCACUCGACGUCUUCACACACAUUCUCCUCUGUCAAAUCCAAAGGUUCUCUGCGUAGACAAUCCAAAUCAGUGGAGAUGUCUGAGAACGGUGGCAGUGGGCAACUGAUGGUGAAAGCUCGUUUCAACUUCAAGCAGAACAAUGAGGAUGAGCUGUCGUUCAAUAAAGGUGAAAUGAUCCUUGUGACACGGCAGGAGGAGGGAGGAUGGUGGGAAGGCAUGCUCAACGGCAAGACUGGCUGGUUUCCCAGUAACUAUGUCAGAGAGGUCAAAUCUUGCGAGAAGCCAAUGUCUCCUAAAGGAACUCAGCUGACCAAGAACUACUACAGUGUUGUGGUACACGACAUCUUGGAGCAUGAGCGGGAAUUUGUCAAAGAAUUACAAACACUGCUGAGUUGUUACCUACGAAACCUGCAAACCAGCGACAAGCUGAGCAGUGCAGACGGCACCACCCUGUGUGGAAACCUGGAGGAGAUCCUGACUUUCCAGCAGGGACUGUGUGUGGCUUUGGAGGACUGUACCAAAGUCCCAGAGGGCCAGCAGCGAGUGGCUGGCUGCUAUUUAAACCUGAUGGGUCAGAUCAAGACUCUGUACCUGGCUUACUGUUCCAGCCACCCUUCAGCUGUCUGCAUCCUCACUGACCACAGUGAGGAACUAGACAAGUUUAUGGAGGCCCAGGGAGCGAGUGCUCCAGGGAUCCUAACCCUGACCACCGGUCUCAGUAAGCCCUUUAUGAGACUCGACAAAUACCCGACCCUGCUGCAGGAGCUGGAGAGACAUGUGGAGGAAGCCCACCCAGACUACGCUGACAUUAUAAAGGCCACUGCAGCAUUUAAGAGCCUAGUGACACAGUGCCAGGAACUGCGGAAGCGCAAGAACUUGGAGCUCCAGAUCUUGUCAGAACCAGUGCGGGGUUGGGAGGGAGACAGCAUGAAGAGCCUGGGUCACGUGGCCUACAUGUCCCAGGUCCACAUGAAAAAUGGGCCCAGUGAGGAAAAAGAGGAGCGCUAUUUAAUGCUUUUCCCUAAUGUGCUAGUAAUGCUUUCCGCCAGUCCCCGGAUGAGUGGCUUUAUUUAUCAGGGAAGGCUGCCACUGACAGGCACCACAGUAACAAGACACGCAGAGGAUACAGACAAUGCCCACUAUGCCUUUGACAUCACAGGAAACAUGAUUGAUCGUAUUACAGUGUUCUGCAUUGGUGCUCAGGAGUUACAGGAGUGGCUAGAGCACCUUCAGCCCUUUACCAAAGGAGGUAGCCCUGCAGGAACCAUCUCAAAGACUGUAGAAAACAAGCCACAGAGCAUGGUCAGUACCCCCACUCACCUGUCCCACCUGGGCAGCCUCAGUACCGGCAAUCGCAGCCCCCUGGAACCGCCAAAGAUCAGCAAGCCCUGGUCUCUCAGCUGUCUCCGCCCUGCACCUCCCCUCAGGCCCUCCGCUGCACUGGGCUACAAAGAGAGGAUGUCUUAUAUCUUGAAGGACUCCAGCAAGAGCCCACGACCCAUGAAGAAAUUCCUGCCGGGUAACAGGAAAAAAGAGCGGAAGCCCUCUGAUGACGAGGUUCACAUAAGGAAAAGCACCGUCGCUCUGGAGGAGGACGCUCAGAUACUGAGGGUGAUUGAGGCGUACUGCACAGGAGCCAGCCUGCACCAGACCACCACAGCGGUGCGGAAGGAGUGCGUCCCUCAGGUGCUCCUGCCAGAGGAAGAGAAGAUCAUUGUGGAGGAGAUAAAGAGCAACGGGCAGACAGUUAUCGAGGAAAAGAGCUUGGUUGACGCCGUGUACGCUUUAAAGGAUGAGGUUCAUGACCUGAAAAAGGAGAAUAAGUGGAUGAAGCAGUUUCUGGAGGAGGAGCAGAAGUCUCGCAAAGAACUGGAGAGAGUUGUUCGAAAACUGGCCAAGCAGAAGAACGAUUGCCCUUGGGAUGACGGCAGCCACUGAACACAUCCCUACAAUCCUCCCCAUCUUAGUGCUGUGCGUGUACAGACACAUUUAUGUAAGCAUGCUAGCAGAGGGACACGAAGGGUCAGGCAUACGUAUGUAUUUGUGUAUCUGUCUACGUUGCAUCUCUGUAUUUCAAUCCCGUAUAACAAAGCUGGAUUCCCUCACUGGCGAUGAUGCGUUCUUCACAUCAAGUGCUGGAGUUUUAUUUGACAUUUUGAUGAAAUCUAAUCUGUCUUCCUGAUCCAGCCUCAUUAGAUGAGACUACAAACAUGCUUCUUCCUGCGUGAAGCAGCUCAGCUAAACCAAGACUGAAAAAUGGAUGUUUCAAACAUUCUGCCUCUUGGCAACUGGCACUGUGAACACUCUCCAGCAAACUGAACAAUUUCAAACAACGACAAAACAAGUUAUCCACUGCUUCUUAAGCUUCAUGUUGGAGGUAGCAAAGGAGUACAAAGCCAUUGAAUUGAAAGAUGUUCUCUUGCAUGCACUUGUAUUACCAAGGGGACUGAUUUUCCUCUCUUUAAAUCAUGACUGUUUUUUGUUCCCCCCAGUGGGGAAAUGGAUUUAUUGAGCGUUCGUGAGCAUGUCUGACAUCUACACAUUCACUUUACAAGUUUCCACUGCAGCCAGUCAGAUACUGUAGAUGAGCUCAUUGUCUUACAUUUACUUGUUUCCAAAUGCAGCUCAUGACUGUUUAUUUAAAACCUGCAUGAAUGUACAGUAUUUCUACAGGAUGAGUUCUACGUCAGAAAUGUGAUAAUCAGGAUAUCCAGAUAUAUACUGUAGGCCAAAGCUAUCAGGGAUGCAGCUGUAUAAUAAAAUAGAAAAGGCUCAAUUAUGUAUCAUUUAUUAAACAAAUAAUGAUAGAUUUCACCCUUACUCUCCUUAAUAAAAUAUAUUCAAGUAUCAUUUUAGCAUAUUAAUUAUAUGGCUUUGCUUUAGUUUUGGGGCAGCACAGUGGAACAGUGGUUAGCGCUGUUCCCUUACAACAAGAAGGUUCCAGGUUUGAGCCCCGGCCGACCCGGUGCCUCUCUGUGUGGAGUUUGCAUGUUCUCCCUGUCGCCUGCGUGGCUUCUCUCCGGAUACUCUGGCUUCCUCCCACAGUCCAAAGACAUGCAGCUUAGGUUGAUUGUUGACUCUAAAUUGCCCCUAGGAGUGA